AUGCAGUUUGCUGGCUGCCGGCCUGGGAGAGUCAGCAGUCAGCAGCGCAGCGGCGGCGGGAACCGCAGCCCGGCCGCCCUGGACCCUCCCAGGUCAGAGGGGCUGCGGGAUGAGAAACGGAAAGAGCGGAGCAGGCGUUACGCGGGCCCGGAUCUGUCUGCAAAUCCGAAAACGCAGGAAAACGCAGUUUCCUGGCUGCCGGCCUGGGAGAGUCAGCAGUCAGCAGCGCAGCGGCGGGAACUGCGGCCCGGCGGCUUGGACGCUCCCAGCGAUGUGGCUGUGAACUUCUCACAAGAGGAAUGGAAAUGUCUCAGCUCUGCUCAGAGGGAGUUGUACAUGGCUGUGAUGGUGGAGAAUUACCACAAUCUGUUAUUUGUGGAGAAUCAUCGCUCAUAUUGUAAAUACAAGAAGGUCUUGAAUCAAGGCACAAAGUAUCUUGUCCAUGAGCAUGAGAAUAUCCAAGAAGAGUCUUAUAAAUGCAAUGAGCUUCACCAAAUGAUUGAUGAAGUCUCGCAAGAUACCCUCUAUAAAACUAACCACAGAGAUGCCUCUGUUGAAUCACUAAACCUAAACAGCCAUACAAUUGGGAAGACUGGAGAAAACACCUGCAAAAUUACAGACUAUGUAAACUGUUUAAGUACGUGUUCCAUUGUAGGUCGAAAUCAAAGAAUUCACAUAGGAAACAAAGAACAAAAUGGUACAUGGUAUGAACGAGGAUUUCACCCUGAAUAUAAACUCAUGCUGAAGCAAACCAAUAGUGGCAAGAACCCACAGAAAUGCAGGAAAUACGCCAAAUGUGUCCGGACGUCCUCAAGCCUCAGUGGACAUCAGGGAGCCCAUACUAGAGAGAAGUCUUAUAAAUGCAUAAAAUGCAGUAAAUUCUUUCUGCAGUUGUUACAACUCAAAGUACAUCACAGAAGCCAUAAUGGAGACUACCCCUACAAAUGUACAGAGUGUGGUAAGUGCUUUUAUCACGCGUCAGACUUCGAAAGACAUUACAGGAUCUACACUGGUGAGAAGACUUACGAAUGUCGUCGUUGUGGUAAAUCCUUUCUCUGCUGCUCAGGUCUUAGACAACAUCAGAAGAUUCGUGGAGGAGAGAGACGUGAUGAAUGUAGUCAAGGUUCUAGACCAUUCUAUACAUUGUCUUACCAUCAGCACCGUUACAGAACCUACACAGGAGAGAAACUUUACAGAUACAAUGACUGUGGCAAACCCCUUUCUGCAUCAUCUGGUCUUUCAACACGUCAGAGAAUUCACACAAGGAAUACAUCUUACACAUGGAAUGAAAGUGAACAGUCUUUUACCAGUAAAGGCAGCCGGAAAACUCAUCGGGGAAUUUAUACAGGAAAGAAAUCUUACAAAUGUAAUGAAAGUGCCAAAUCCUUUACCAGGAAAGGCUCUCUUAAAAUUCAUCAGGGAAAUUAUAUAGGAGAGAACCCUUACAAAUGUAGCGAAUGUGACAAAUCCUUUAUCAAGAAAUGCGAUCUUAGAACUCAUCAGAGAAUUCAUACUGGAGAGAAACUUUACAAAUCUAGAGAAUGUGACAAAUCUUUUACACAGAAAGGCCAUCUUAGCGCACAUCAGAAUAUUCGCACAGGCGACAAGCCUUAUAAGUGUACAGAAUGUGUCAAAUCGUUUAUCAAGAAAGGCAGUCUUAGAAUUCAUCAGAGAAUUCAUACAGGAGAGAAACCUUACAAAUGUUUGGAAUGUGACAAAUCCUUUACCCAGAAAGGCCAUCUUAGAACUCAUCAGAUAUUUCAUACAGGGGAAAAACCUUACAGAUGUAUGGAGUGUGACAAAUCCUUUACUCUGAAAGGCAGCCUUAGGGUUCAUCAGAGAAUCCAUACAGGUGAGAAGCUUUAUAAAUGUAUGGAAUGUGACAAAUCCUUCACCCAGAAAUGCAGUCUUAGAGUUCACGAAAGACUUCAUACAGAAGAGGAACCUUACAAGUGUACGGAAUGUAACAAAUCUUUUACCCAAAAAAGCACUCUUCGGGUUCACCUCAGAAUUCAUACAGGUGAGAAACCUUAUAAAUGUAUGGAAUGUGGCAAAACCUUUACCCAGAAGAGCAGUCUUAGAAUUCAUCAGAGAAUUCAUACAGGGGAGAAACCUUAUAAAUGUAUGGAAUGUGACAAGUCCUUUACCCAGGAAUACAAUCUUAGGAUUCAUCAGAAAAUUUAUACAGGUGAGAAACCUUACAAAUGUAGAGACUGUGGCAAAAUUUUUAUCAAGAAAUGCAGUUUUAGAAUUCAUCAGAGAAUUCAUACAGGUGAGAAACCUUAUAAAUGUGUGGAAUGUGAGAAAUCCUUUAACCGGAAAGGCAGUCUAACAUUUCAUCAGAGAAUCCAUACAGGAAGAAACUUUACAAAUGUAUGGAAUGUGACAGAUCCUUUACCCAGAAAGGGCACCUUAGAUCUCAUCAAAGAAUUCAUACAUGACAAAAUCCUUACAAAUGCAAUGAAUGAUACAAAUCUUUUACCGAGAAAGACCAUCUUAGAAUUCACCAGAAAUACAUAAAAGACAGAAACUCUACAUGUAAGAAAUAAUUGGAAAAUUCAUGAGAAGAAAAGUGUCCACAGGAAAUUAUGUGGUAUGUGCUUUAUUCAAGCUGUCUUUGUGACACCUGAGACUCCACAGUAGAGAGUUAUU